UGCAGUGAUGCUUCUCUGCGGGGAAUGAGUGAGUGUCUGGCGGGGAGGAGAUCACACAGUCGGGCAGUAGUAGGGUGUGGACGCAGGAAGAGUGUCGGUCCGGACUAUCCCAGUCAUUACUGUUGGUCCAGUGCAGCUGAAAGCGGUCAUAUAAACAGCACAGACACCAGACGCUUGCCCUGAGGUUGCAAAGAGACUUUCCCGUCGCACCCAUCCCUUGGCUGGAUGUUCUGUCAUCCCGCGAUUCCUCUUUCGGGUACAUCAGCAUCAGACGUCUCUCCCAGGACGCUCCUGGUAGGGGACGAACGACUCCAUUAGUUUGAGAAGAGAGAGGGUUCUCAGAUGGACGACAUCUUCACCCAGUGCCGCGAAGGCAACGCGGUAGCUGUCCGCCUGUGGUUGGACAACACUGAGAAUGAUCUUAACCAAGGAGAUGAUCACGGUUUCAGUCCGCUACACUGGGCGUGCCGCGAAGGCCGUUCAGGGGUCGUGGACAUGCUCAUCAUGAGAGGGGCCCGCAUCAAUGUUAUGAACCGCGGGGACGACACACCCUUGCACCUGGCUGCCAGCCACGGCCACCGUGAAAUUCUGGGCAAGCUGAUUCAGUUUAAAGCAGAUACCAAUGCGACUAAUGAGCACGGCAACACCCCUCUCCAUUACGCCUGCUUCUGGGGCCACGACCUAGUGGCUGAGGAUCUGGUCACUAAUGGUGCUCAGGUGAGCAUCUGCAACAAGUAUGGAGAAACUCCUCUGGACAAGGCCAAGCCACCGCUUGCAGCGAAUCUAAAAGAGCUGGCAGAGAAACAGGGGCAGAGCCUGACCAAAGUUCCAUUUAAAGACACUUUCUGGAAGGGAACCACCCGAACACGACCACGUAAUGGCACACUAAACAAACAUUCUGGCAUAGACUAUAAGCAGCUCUCCAUGUUAGCCAAGGUCAAUGAGAACCACUCUGGCGAGUUGUGGCAGGGUCGUUGGCAGGGAACGGAGAUCGUCAUCAAGAUGCUACAAGUGCGAGACUGGACUACCAGAAAGAGUCGUGACUUCAACGAGGAGUACCCGAAACUGAGAAUCUUCUCUCAUCCAAAUGUGUUGCCUGUUUUGGGGGCGUGUCAGGCCCCUCCCGCCCCUCACCCCAUUAUAAUCACACACUGGAUGCCCUAUGGCUCCCUCUACAAUGUGCUUCAUGAGGGCACCAACUUUGUUGUGGAUCAGACGCAGGCUGUAAAGUUCGGUCUGGAUAUCGCGUGUGGAAUGGCUUUCCUGCACACGCUUGAGCCCAUGAUUCCUCGUCAUUAUCUCAACAGCAAGAGCGUCAUGAUUGAUGAAGACAUGACUGCUAGGAUAAGCAUGGCAGAUGUGAAGUUCUCUUUCCAGUGUCCCGGUAGAAUGUACUCUCCGGCGUGGAUGGCACCUGAAGCCUUGCAGAAGAAGCCAGAAGAGAUUAACCGGCGUUCGUCAGACAUGUGGAGCUUCGCCGUGUUGCUUUGGGAGCUGGUCACCAGAGAGGUGCCAUUCGCUGACCUCUCAAACAUGGAGAUUGGCAUGAAGGUGGCACUAGAGGGACUGCGGCCCACUAUCCCACCGGGCAUCUCUCCUCACAUCUGCAAGCUGAUGAAGAUCUGCAUGAACGAGGAUCCUGCCAAGAGGCCUAAAUUUGACAUGAUCGUACCCAUCCUAGAGAAGAUGCAAGACAAAUGAGCAACCCUGCUGAGGCGUCCCCUCCCAAACACUGAGUUCACAGUAUUGCCUUAAAAAUUCACCACUCACCAAAGUGCUAUAAGCCACUGUAGCCCUCUGCUUUAUUGAAGCACUGUUGAACAUUUUAAAGCCACAUUCUCUGUAACUCAUAUAUGGUUAUAUGCAAUGGAUAAAUGGCGUGUGUUUAUGCAUUUACGUGUUUAUCGGUCUGUCUUUUUCUCAUUGUGUUUAUGAAACAACGCGCGCCUCUCUCAGAACCUCUUUUCUGUAGCCAUUAAACAGAAACAAUGGUUGUUGGAUGCAGUGAAUGUACUGUAAAGUCCGUUUUCAACUAACCAUUCCAUUUCUGUCAUCUUUACUCCUUCAUUGAAAUCAAUUCAUUUUGAAGGGCAUUGUGGCUUUCAUGUGUGUGUCCUACCUAAGGGGCAUUUACUAUGGAACAAAGAGGGGUUCAUAUCGCUUUCUGUGUUAGCUGUAUGCAAAAAGCAUGCAGCAUCAGCUGUUAGUAUUUAUGAGCAUGGUGCCAUUGUCUAAUACCGUGUUUUCCUCUGAUCAUCCCAGAUAGCAAAAGUCUAAAGGUUAAAGACUGAGUUUGCCUGAGGUCUGUAUUUUUUCAUGGUCUAAAAAAAGCAGUGCAAUAUUAUUAGCUAAUGCCAAUUUUAAGCCUUAUCAUAUAAACCAAAUUCAAAAGUGCCCAUUGUAUCACCCUCUCAGAGCAGGGAGAUACGUGUUAUAUAAACCAGAUGUGUUAUAGAAGGUACCAUAAGCUAAUGGAAAAACCUUUUACAGAUCUCACAUCAAAUGUGAGAACUCUAAAGCCGCAGGUUGACAUGCAUUAAACGUCAUAUCACACCCGUCAUAUCAGCCCUUUUUUUGACACAUACACCCACUGUAUUUACUUGAUAACCUUAUAAGUGCAUGAUUUUACCCUGUGCUCUAUCCCCUUUUAUGUAACUAACAAGUCCUGCUCAUCUAUCCUAAUUUGCAUUGUACAUGUUAAGCAUGUUAGGUGCUGUAAGGUAAUGUCUGAAAGAUUUUGAUACUGUAUACAUGUUUUUUUUUUAACAUGGGGGAAAUACAACGCCCAUGAUUGACUUUAUUUUAUUUUGCUUUUCUAAACACUACAUCUGUUUACUUCCUCGUUUCUCUUUAACAGUGUUCCUCUUUCAGUUACCCCGUGUGUUAUAGGAAGCCAAGCGAAAAGAAAUAUGUACUUGACAUGCAUAUGUGUUUUUGUUUUUACCUUUUUAAAGCCAACAGCUGUAAUAAUGCAAGCAAGACUGUUUAUCUAACUUAUGCUCACUGUUGUUUGAGGUUUUUAAUGAAACAUUAUGUGGCUUUUCUUUGUUAUUUUGGAGAUUUGGGCUGUUUAUAUUUUAUUAUUGUAGCAAACGUUUGCUAAAGUAAAACAAGAACAAAUAAAAAUGUUUUGGUCAUGCAGAA